CCCGGACGCACCGCCAAAAAAGCGCGUCCGGCUGCAGGAGGGCGAAGCAGGGAAGCUGGAGGAGCGGCUGUACUCGGUGCUCUGCUGCACGGUGUGUCUGGACCUGCCUAAAGCCUCGGUGUACCAGGGGAUCCAUAUGGAAGUAUAUGGAGAGCGGCACACAUGGGGAACAGCCUGAGUGUACGAAUGGGCACCUGAUGUGCGCAGGCUGCUUCAUUCACCUGCUUGCGGACUCGCGUCUGAAAGAGGAGCAGGCCACGUGUCCGAACUGCCGCUGUGAGAUCAGUAAGAGUCUGUGCUGCAGGAAUCUGGCGGUGGAGAAGGCCGUGAGUGAACUGCCCUCUGAGUGCAGCUACUGCCUCAAACAGUUCCCUCGCUCCGGCCUGGACCGCCACCAGACAGAGGAGUGUCAGGACAGAGUGACACAGUGUAAGUACAAGCGGAUUGGCUGUCCGUGGCAGGGGCCAUUUCAUGAGCUCAGUGCCCAUGAGGCCGAGUGCUGCCACCCGUCUAAAACUGGCAUGGAGCUGAUGGGCAUCCUGGACGAGAUGGACCAGAGCCAUCGCAGAGAACUUCAGCUCUACAACAGCAUCUUCAGCCUGCUGUGCUUCGAGAAGAUCGGCUUUACAGAGGUGCAGUUUCGGCCAUACCGCACUGACGACUUCAUCACGCGACUGUACUACGAGACGCCGCGCUUCACCGUACUCAACCAAACCUGGGUGCUGAAGGCGCGGGUCAACGACUCGGAGCGCAACCCCAACCUGUCCUGCAAACGCACGCUCGCCUUCCAGCUCAUCCUGAAGAGCAAAGUGAACUCUGCGCUGGAGUGCUCCUUCCUGCUCCUGAAGGGCCCGUACGAGGACAUCAAAAUCAAACCCGUCAUCCAGCACCACGUCUUCUCCAACGACGCCAAUGAAACCGAGUACGCCCCGCUGCCCAUCUGCGACAGCGUGGAGUGCAACAAGCUGCUGGCUGCCAAAAACAUCAACCUCCGCCUCUUCAUCUUUCAGAUCCAGAAAUAGAGGGGGCGCAAGACGCGUAUCGGAGUGAACAAAAGAGGGGGGAAAGGAGCACCACUGAACCACAGAUACCUCGACUGGAGCAAAAGGAGGAGGAACACGGCCCAUCAGUACUGCAGUAGAUCGUUUGUUUGUGUGUGAGUGUGUGUUGUUGCCGCCGCUGGUAAAGCUUUCAGACCCUCUACGGCCCCAAAAAAGAAAAAAGUAAAAAAAAAAAUGUCAACAGUGUCACCCAACACCCUGCUGAUCUCUCGCUGGCAGAGCAGGACGGGCCUGAACGAACACCAUCAGUGGAUAUCAGUCAGACCAAAUGCUGAGGAACGAGACUGAAUGAGCGCUAGAGGUUUAGAUCAUUCAACUCUGUGUUUCCAUGCAGUUUUCAGAGCUUCUUCUCGAGGCCGCGACUGCUUUAAGUGUAUUUUUGUAUGUGAAGGUGGCCAUUUUCAUUGCAGUCAUGCUGAACAAAAUGGCCACCAGUCCUACAACCUGAAAGAUGCAACUUGCAUGUUUUUAGUUUCUCCUCUUGUGCCCUCUGGAAAGCACACAUUUUAGUUGCGUAGCAUAAUAAUCUUGACCCUAUUAAUGCAUUUAUUUAAGAACCUGUGAAUCUUGCCUCCCCCCCUUCCCUCCCUCACAUGAUCUUGUCUUUUUUGAUCCCUGCUGGUUUGUGAACGACACAGGUACAUUUCACACCUCAUGAUGUCAUGGAUAUUUAUAUUUAUUGCUUUUAUUUAACCUGCAUUAAUUAAACUUUUUACAAUCACUCACACACUCACUUAACACUGAGACUGGAAAGAUCUGAUAGCGAGCCAUUGUUACAAACCCCUUCCCUCCCCUUCUUCAACCUUCAUCCAUCUACACACACAGAUUUGGUGGUUUAUGAGGACUCUCUAUAGGCGUAAUGUUUUUUAAACUGUGAAAAAGCCUACCCUUAAACCAAACCUCACAGAAAACCUUUGACAAAUUUCAAUGUGAAAAAAAACCCCCUGUUAAAUAUGAUUUUUUUAACAGUUUGAAUAACAAGACAUGUACUCAUAACCCCACAUUGUAAUACCUAGGUCAUACCCAUGUCAUUAUACAAAUUUGUCCUCAAAAACCACUUAAAUCAGUACACACACACACACACACACACACACACGACCUUCCUUCAUUAAAUAUACACAAACACACACAAAGCUUGGGGUACAAAAGAGCCAACGGGGUAAUCGGAUCUCGGUUCAGAUGAACACGGCUGUGACUUAGUUUUGACAUACUUGAAUUCAUGAACGACAGAACAACAAACAGUUGAGCUGAUCCAGCAGAGACGGUCACUUCUGAUUAGAGGAGAUUAGAUGAAAACUGUUUCUGCAUUUAAAAGCUUUUAAUUCUCACACUCUGGCUGUAUAUGUGCCUUUCUAUUAAAGCUCAUUUAAACUUGC